GAAGCCACUUCCUGAAGGUACAAUAUAAAAAAGAUUUUUUUUCGGAGAGUAUCAGUUCCUUGUGGACACCAGAAGCUGCCUGUUUUUAUAAAAAAAAAUCUCCACCACGAUGUCCGGUACUAAGAAGAACCUUGCUCUCCUUUUCGAGCGUCCCCGUGAGCCCGUCUUCAUCGCCAAAGGCGACAAGAAAACCGUCUUCGACGUGCCCAACGAGUACCUCAACGAUCGCUACAAGCCCCUCGGCGUGAGCCUCAGCAACCGCUUCGCCGAAGACGCCGAGGAGCGCGUCCAAGUCAAGAAGAUCUCCAUCCCCCCGUUCGGCGAAAUCCUCGAGCUCGAGCGCGAUGAGAACUUCUCGCUCUUCAUCCCCAAGCACCGCCGCGUCGCCGGUAAGCUCAUCGACAUCUUCUUGGGUAUGCGCAACGUGGACGACCUCCUCUCCGUCGCCACGUACGCCCGCGACCGCGUGAACCCCUACCUGUUCAACUACGCUUUGUCGGUGGCCAUUUUGCACCGGCCGGACACCCAGGACAUCGACCUGCCGACGUUCAUCGAGUCCUUCCCUGACAAGUACGUGGACGCUAAGGUGUUCGCCAAGGCUAGGGAGGAGGCGACGGUGGUGCCCGAAGGGUCGCGAACCCCUAUCGAGAUCCCGAAGGACUACACGGCGUCGGACUUGGAGGUGGAGCACCGACUGGCGUACUUCCGGGAGGACUUGGGGAUUAAUCUGCAUCAUUGGCAUUGGCACUUGGUGUACCCGUUCGAAGCGGCGAGGGAAGUCGUGGCGAAGAAUCGUAGAGGGGAGUUGUUCUAUUAUAUGCACCAGCAGAUCAUCGCGAGGUACAACUACGAGAGGUUGUGCAACAAGCUGAAGAGGGCGACGAGGUUCAAUGACUGGACGAAGGGGAUCGAGGAAGCGUAUUUCCCGAAGCUGGAUAGUUUGGUGGCUAGUAGGUCGUGGCCGGCGAGGGUUGCCAACCAAAGAAUCCGGGACUUGAACAGAGAGGUGGACCAGAUUAAGCAAGACGUGGACGAUUUGAAGAGGUGGAGCGACCGGAUUUACGCCGCCAUUCACCAAGGGAGCGUCACCGACGAACGUGGGCGUACCAUCAGUCUGACCGAAAACGAAGGUAUCGACAUCCUGGGUAACAUGAUCGAGUCCAGCAUCCUGUCGCCUAACCGUACCUUCUAUGGGGAUCUCCACAACAUGGGUCACGUCUUCGUCUCGUAUAUCCACGACCCGGAUCAUCGUCACCUUGAGUCUUUCGGGGUCAUGGGUGAUUCGGCGACGGCCAUGCGGGACCCAAUUUUCUACAGAUGGCACUCUUACAUUGACGACAUAUUCCAAGAAUAUAAAGCCACUUUGCCGCGUUACAGCGAAAACCAACUCAACUACCCUGGUAUCACCGUAAGCAACAUCGAAAUCCAGUCGCAGGGAAGCCCCAAGAACACUUUCAACACGUUCUGGCAACAAUCAGACGUGGACUUGUCCAGAGGAAUGGACUUCCAGCCUAGAGGCUCCGUCUUCGUGAGGUUUACCCACCUGCAGCACCAACCCUUCACUUACAAGAUCACCGUCAACAACCAAGCCAACGGUAACAGACGCGGCACCUGCAGAAUCUUCAUGGCGCCAAAGAACGACGAAAGAGGCAACCCGUGGUUGUUCAGAGACCAGAAGAUCAUGUUCAUCGAGUUGGAUAAAUUCACGGUCAAUUUGAAGCAAGGCCAGAAUACCAUCACCCGGGCUUCCACCCAGUCUUCAGUGACCAUUCCUUUCGAACGCACGUUCCGUAAUUUGGACUUGAAUCGUCCCCAAGGAGGAGAAGCCUUAGCCCAAUUCAACUUCUGCGGUUGUGGAUGGCCUGCACACAUGCUGAUCCCGAAGGGGACUCCGGAAGGUCUCGCCUCCCAGCUCUUUGUGAUGAUCUCCAACUAUGAAGACGACAAGGUCGACCAAAAGAUCGACGGAGUGUGCAACGAUGCUGGAAGCUAUUGCGGUAUCAAGGACAAGUUGUACCCGGAUCGCCGCUCCAUGGGUUACCCGUUCGACAGGAUGCCCAGAACCGGGGUCGACACUCUCCAGCAGUUCUUGACUCCCAACAUGAGGGUCCAAGAUGUUACCGUUAAGUUUAGCAAUAGAACCGUUAGACCUAAGCAACGUAGUUAGAAACAAUGAUGAUUUUUUGGUUUUUGUGAAUUUUUGGAAAAGGCUUAGUAGCAAUAAAAUUUAGAAGCAUAA